UGCGUGAAAGGUAGUGUGGAAAAAGUCGUCUUUCAAUAAUAUCUGGUGUUUUCUCAACAUGAAUAAACAUUUCCAACAAGUAUCGCGUGUGGUAGAACAUGACCUGUCAUUUGUAUGGGAAAUUGAAAACUUCUCGUCUUUAAUGGAACCUGAAAGAUUCGUUAGAAGUUCAGAAUUGGAGUGUUCUGGUAAUCGGUGGGUUUUAAAAUUGUACGGAAAUUGGUAUUCUUAUGAAGAUUAUACGGAGGACUCUGAGGAAGCAAGUGGAGAAUGUAACUACGUUACAGUGCUACUGGAUGAUGCAAAUAACCAGCGAUAUACUUCUGUUUUAAGAGUUAAAGUUGCUUUUGGACCCAAAGAUGAUCCUGAAAAAUUCUAUGUUGUCAAAACGAAUGGUGAAGUUGACAUCAGUCAUAGCACAUGCAUAUGCCAAGAAAAACUUUCCAGGUAUAUCGCUAUGUCUGUGCAAAGAUCUGAGGUAAUUAAAAAUAGCGGUGGUGGUAUUGGACUUCCGGACGAUAUUUUAUUCAUACGUUGCGAACUGAAAGUAGCAUUAAUUAAAACCUCGAGUGAUGAUAUUGAAAGAGCUUUUCAGGAUGAAACAAAGAAAUUUGUACAUACUGGACCGUCAGAAUUAGCUGAAAAUAUUGGAAAUGCUUUCGAGCACGGCCGUCUUUCUGAUGUAACUUUGAAAGUGGGCGAACACCAGUUCCAGGCUCACAAAAUAAUUUUGGCAAGCCGCUCCCGUGUGUUUGACAGAAUGUUUGACAGCGGUAUGAAGGAAAGCAAAGAAAACGUGGUCGAAAUAUUGGACAUGGAGCCCUCCACCACCAAAGAAAUGCUGCAGUACAUCUAUACCGGAAAACUCGAAGAGUUGACUAUGGAGAGAGCCUUGGUUCUUUACGUUGCUGCUGACAGGUACGAUUUGCAGGAGCUCAGGAGAUGGUGCAAAGAAUUCAUUUUGGAAAACGUUUCACACCAUGACGUGUGCCGUGUAGCGGAACUUGCAGAGCUGCACACCGAUGAGGACCUGGCCGAGGCUGCAAGGAGGGUUUUUAAAGAGAAUUAUAAGAUAAUACUGGUAUCCAAGACAUGGAGAGAUUUUACGAAGAAUAAUCCUGUUUUGUAUUCAAAUAUCAUGGAAGAAACUUUAUUGAGUGAAAGUUGAAAUUUUCAUAUUUCUUUGGUUCUUGUUCAUCUGUUUAAUAAUGUGUAUGUACAUUAUGUGCGUGUGUGUGUUUUUGGAGAUUUUUUUGA